CGCCUACUUCCUUGUAUCCCAUCGUGCAAUGCAUUAAACGUAACCACCGCAUUUCUGAAGAGAACCUUCGUUCAAAGAAAACGGUAAAAAAUGGCAGAUGUAUUGGAUUUACAAGCUGGAGGGGAAGACUUCCCUAUGGACGAGGAUGGUGAUGAAAGUAUCCAUAAGUUGAAAGAGAAAGCAAAAAAGAGGAAAGGCAGAGGCUUUGGUGCAGAAGAAGGAGCACGAUCACGUGUACGUGAAGAUUAUGACACUGUAGAGCAAGAUGGUGAUGAACCUGGACCUCAAAGAUCUGUAGAAGGGUGGAUUCUGUUUGUGACUGGAGUGCAUGAAGAAGCUACUGAAGAAGAUAUCCACGACAAAUUUGCAGAGUUUGGAGAAAUCAAGAAUCUUCAUCUAAAUCUUGACAGAAGAACAGGUUAUUUAAAGGGAUACGCUCUCGUAGAAUAUGAGACAUAUAAAGAAGCACAGGCUGCUAUGGAAGGUCUAAAUGGCCAAGAUUUGAUGGGUCAACCAAUCAGUGUUGACUGGGCUUUUGUGCGAGGGCCACCAAAAGGCAAAAGGAGAGGAGGACGAAGAAGAAGUAGGAGUCCAGAUAGAAGACGACGCUAAACCUUUUUAACUUCAGCCCCUUUCAUUUUUUAUUUUUUUUUUUAGUUUUUAUUUUAAAAGUACUCAUCUUAUUAACUGAAGAAAUAUGAACAGAGCAUGGUUUGGUAGUUCUUGUGAAACAUGUAUGUUUUCUCUAUUUUUAUGUAUUUGCAGUUAAAUAAACAUUUUUGUUAAGAUGUCAGUUUCUG